UCCACUCAUUGUUUUGUAAAUAAUAUAAUCCCGGUUCCUCUUAUUUACGUUAAAAGUAGUUUUCUUCAAAAAAUCACUGGCCCAUCAUGACAUCGGCUGUUGAAUCAAUGGUCGUAGACGAUAAACAGAUUCCCGAAAAGCCUGUAGACAGAGAAAAGACUUGUCCCCUACUAUUGAGAGUUUUCUGCAACACAGGUCGACACCAUAACAUUGUAGAAUACAACAGAGGGAAUGUGCCAUCCAAUGAACUCCAAAUUUACACUUGGUUGGAUGCUACAUUGAAAGAAAUCACUGCCUUAGUGAAAGAAGUUAACCCAGAUGCCCGCAGUAAAGGAACUUACUUUGAUUUCUCUUUAGUAACACCAGAUGCAAGGUCUACAGGUUACAGAAUGCGAGAGAUUGGUGUCACAUGUUCAGGGCAAAAGGGAACAGAUGACAGCAAAACCUUAGCACAAGCUAGGUUUACAAUUGGAGACUAUUUAGAUAUUUCAAUUACUCCACCAAACAGAGUUCAACCUGCAGCUCGACGAGGUGGUGGUGGAGGAAAUUUUAGACAAUACUGACUAAAAAAAAGUAAUUUUUCUGUACAUUAAUUUUGACUACAAGUGAUA